AUGGCUACCAAGGUUUACGUCGAAAGUGGAGAGGCCCUAACCCUUUAUAUAUUAGUUAGUUAUUUCUCCAACUUCCGAUGUGGGACUUUCAUCAUUAACACCCUCCCUCACGCUCAGAGGUCAUCAUCUGAAGCGUGGGCAAUUGUGGGAACAACAUCCACGGGGUGGCCCAACAUCGGGUGGCUCAUCAUUAACACCCCACCUCACGCUCAGAGAUCAUCAUCUGAAGCGUGGGUAAUUGUGGGAACAACAUCCACGGGGUGGCCCAGAAUCGACUGCUCUGAUACCAUGUCAAAUUCGGAUCUCUCAUGGGACACUACGGAUGAUACCUUGAUGCAAGCGUUUUCUGCCUACGGUAAUGUUCUAGAUGCAACCGUCAUAAGAGACAGAGACACAGGGAGGUCCAGGGGUUUUGGAUAUGUCAAUUUCUCCACUAAUGAUGAAGCCGAAGCUGCGAUUUCAGGGAUGAAUGAUCAGGAGUUGGAUGGUCGUAGGGUGAAAGUCAGUCUUGCUAAUGCGACACAGACAACACCAGGAUACUCUGGUGGUGGCGGCGGAUAUAUGUGA